AUGUCGCUAUAUUACGACGCUGUGUCGAUUCUCACAGCGCCCUCUUCUACCGGAGGGUCCUUCAAGUCCCGCCUCUAUAACUCCCGCAACCUCAAAGCCUCCCCCGCACAAGUCUACGCCCUGAUCAUCGAAGCCUCCAAAUGGGACAUCCUGCUCAAGGAAGUCAUCGACCAGGCUGGGAUCCUGAAGCUUGAACCUAAGCUCACGCCUCUACUCGCUCUCCUCCUCGUCCACGACCACCUCCUCGCAAAGAAUGGCAUCGCCGCGCCAGCAUCGCACCCACUCCGUCAAGCGGUCGAAAGACACAAGAUUCGGUUAAAGGGUGAAUUCGCGAAAGCGCGCGUCCGACGCACCUGCGCAACGAUUCCGGCACUGAAGGAGGCUGUUCGGAAAGAAAAAUUGGUUGCGCUGGGUGCUAAGGGCAGUGCCGGUGCGGUUUAUCCGCGCUGGGUCCGCGUCAACAAUGUUCGCACGACAAAGGAAGCGCAGAUGAAUUCAACCUUUGCGGAGUUUGAGACCGUUGACUCGCUGGAGGAUUUGGUCGUUGGUGGUGACGAUAAGCAGAAGAGGAUGCGAAUGGACCCGCACAUCCCGGAUCUGGUUGCUGUUGCGCCUGGAGUUGAGUUCUCGAGCGCACCGGCGUACAAGAAUGGCGAGAUUAUCCUGCAGGAUAAGGCGUCUUGUUUCCCUGCUUAUCUCCUGCUCGGGGAUGACUGGGAUGGGGAGGGGGACUUGAUUGAUGGAUGCGCGGCGCCAGGGAACAAGACUACGCAUAUGGCUUCGCUGCUAUGCAAGCCCCGGUCUGCGAGGAAGAGCAACAAGUCCAAGCCCAAGACGAGAUCAUCCCGCAUUAUCUCCAUGGACGCCUCCGCCGUCCGCGCAAAGACACUGCAGAAAAUGGUCUCCACCGCCGGCGCGGAUACCCUUGUUACCGUCCUCCAAGGUCAGGACUUCCUGGCCCUCGACCCCGAAGACCCCCGCUUCAAAGACGUUACCGGCCUCCUCCUUGACCCGUCCUGCUCGGGAAGUGGUAUCAUCGGCCGCGACGAUGUCCCGGAACUUGUCCUCCCUGCGCCUGGAAGACCGACGCCCGGAUCAGCAAAGAACCAAAACGGAACUCAAGGCAAAAAGCGCAAGCGCGAUGAACCUUCUAACUCUUCCACUAAUAAACCUACCACGCCCCCCUCAUCAACCUCCGAAAACGACACCCCCACCUCUGAAAUAACCCAAGACCGUCUGCUCAAGCUCGCAAACCUGCAAACCCGCAUCGUUGAACACGCGCUCUCCUUCCCCGCCGCUAGAAAAGUCACAUACAGCACAUGCUCGAUCCAUCUACUGGAAAACGAGGCCGUUGUGCGACGGAUUUUGGACAGCGAGGUUGCGAAGCGAAGAGGGUGGAGGGUUCUCAGGCGCGAUGAGCAACCUGAGGGGUUGAAGAAGUGGAGGCACAGGGGUGUGAAAAGGGAAGAGCCGAGUGGAGAUGGGGCUAUUGAGGGGGGUGAGGUGGAUUUGUCGAAGGAGGAGCUGGAGGGGUGCUUGAGGUGUUGGCCUGGGGAUGAGGAGGGGACGGGCGGGUUCUUUGUGGCUGGUUUUGUGAGGGAGGGGGAGGAUGAUGAUUAUUCUGGAUCGAGAGGGGAGGUUGCUGAGGAUGCGAAUGGUGAAGAAGAGGAUGAGGAAGGCGAGGAGGAUGAAUGGGAGGGCUUCUCUGAUUGA